AUGGAUCGAGUCAAGAAGUUCAAGUGCCACCAAUGCAAUAGGCCAUUUCGAUGUGAUGAAUGUGGCAGAAGCUUUGGACGAGGUGAUGUCCUUGGCCGACACAAGAGGCUCCAUGCCCGUUCUCGAGCAAAUGCCUCCUCAGAUGCAGCACAAUCAGUGGGCGGCACCAACGAGGGCAAUCUACCCAGUCCCAAAGGAUCUGCACUGAGUCUUCUAGGCAUGUCUUCAUUCGAGCAGUCUCCAUUGUCCGGGAAUCAGCAACUGCUCGGCUCUGACAACCUAUUGGAUUGGUUUAUGCCCGACUUUUGGGGCCCAUCGGCCAUCCCACUGCCAUUUACAGAGCUUCCGAGUCAACCGCAUCUGCAAAUAUCCAAUGGUCCGAACAUCCUAUCGGCAGAGGACCCCGGAGCUUCUCAACAAGAACCUGGAAAGAUAGCCAUGCAGCAAAGCUACAAUUUGAUAGAAGAUCUGUCAAAACGCUUGAACUCGGAAUUGCAUAGCUCGGGGAUCACAUCCGCCUUCCUCGACGCAUGCUUGCAGCAAUUCUUCGAGUGGCUUUCGCCAUGCUUUCCCGUCAUACAUGAACCAACAUUUUCAACACGUGAAACCAUCCCACCGCUCCUGCUGAACAUGGUAGCCCUCGGCUCCUUAUUCGUAUGCCAACCAGAUUCAUCUCAGAAAGGAGAGAUGCUCUGGCGCCUCGGCCAUACCGCGGUAGCUACCUCCUGGCAGACGCUAAGUAGCCUGCGGGGGCCGCGAGAUGCUUGCGACGGUGUUCAAUUGGUUAUGACGGCGCUCCUAGGGCAAUUAUUUGCACUACUAUCGAGCAACGAAAGCAUCCGAACAACUGCAUUUGUAUGGCAUGGACUUGGCUUCUACUGGGCGCGGACAUCUGGCAUGUACGCCGCAGAAGAUAUGCAACAAUACGAUAUUCCAGGACGAGAUGCCCCAGACUCGACAAAGCACGCGGCAUGGUUGACAUGGGCGGCCAUUGAAACUAAACGACGCGCAAUCCUAGGCCACUAUAUACUCGAUGGCCUAAUCUCACAAGCUUCAGGUUCCCCGGCCAGCACUCGUCACCUAAUAAAUUCCAUCAAAACCGCUUGCCCUGAUGCUGCCUUCCUCGCAAAGAGCGCAGACGACUGGAUCAUCGAAAUGGAGAAAUCAAGCCCAACUCAACGUCCCUUCAGCAAAGUGUUUGUCUCCGUCUUCUCACCAGAUUACCCGAGUUCCUCCCCACCACGUCUUUCGGCCUUCUCAACCCUUGUCACCCUAGAGGGUCUACAAUCCCUCAUAUCCGACCUGCACGAAACCACCGGACCAGUUUUCGGCGCAAUCUCAGAAAGGCAAAUCAUCCAAGCUUUGCUGAACAUAUACGACACAAAUAUCAGUAAAGAAUCACCCCUCCAUGACAACAACUUCCAACUCACCCUAAGAUGGCACACCAUUUGUCUCGAACUAGCCGUUUCUUCAGCUUCCUUAUGUCGAAGGAUAUGUCACGCAUAUGGUUUACAGCAGCCCCUCGGAGGAAUGGCCACCAAGGAAGACCAGCUGUCAUUUGAUCUGAACCAAUGGACUAGAAGCGCUAGUGCUGCCAGGGCAGUUCUACAUGCACUUGCUAUUACUCGAAUCGUCAGUCAGAUUCCGUUCAAGUCAGCUCAUGCACCUCAUAUCCCAGCUGCUAUAUAUGCGUCGGCAGUUGUGAUGGGUGGAUGGUGUUUAUCCCGCGAAGAGACGAUCCAUGUCGGGCCAAACACUCCAUGGCAUGAUAUAUGGCGUGAGGGACAUGACAUCAACCAGUUUCUCCGAAACGAAGAUCCCGACGGGACCAAAGUUCAACUGCUCAACGAGAUGAACUUUCUCCAGAUCAGUCUGAAAACUAUCACGUCGCGGUGGAGCGUGUCUCAUUCAAUGGCAGAAACAAUUCAACAAAUAGCCACCUUGGCUCGACAAUAUCAUUGA